UACUCGUUCAGUUAAAGUUGUGGCGUUAUACGAAGAUGAGAAUUUUUAUUUUUCUAAUUUUCUUUGUUUACAGCGCAUACUGCGAACGCGUCGAAUUAACAUGUGAACAAAUUCGUGCUUUCGUGGACGGACAUAACAAUCGUAGGCUUAAAGUUGCCAAAGGAUUAGUUCCUGGACAACCCGCCGCUUCUAAUAUGGAAUUUAUGGUGUGGGACGAUGAACUUGCGGAAAAGGCAUCUAAAUGGGCAGAAAGGAACGAAUUUAAACACAAUCCUGAUAGGACUAUCGAUUCAAACAGAUGGAGUUUAAUCGGUGAGAAUAUUUACGUAUACAACUAUUAUUCGAAUAUGGGAGAUGAACCAAAGAUUGAUAUAGAGAAUGCUUUGAACAACUGGUUUCAAGAACAUAAAUUCUAUAACUUCGUGCCUUUCUUUUUAACUUCAAUCAACCCUUUCGGUCAUUAUACACAGAUGGUUUGGUCAAAUACGAAUCGUAUUGGAUGCGGUAUUUCACAAAUUAAAGAACACAAUCAUAUCAGAAUGCUAUUUGUUUGUGAUUAUGGCCCAACUGGUAAUUACUUCGAACAAAAGCCUUAUAAAACUAACGGACCUAUAGAACAACUUCUAUGCAGAGAUGGCAAAUGCGACAAGCCUUACGGCCCAAAUUGCUAAGAAGAUAUCAUGAAAUAAUAUUUAAUUCAUUUA